AUGGACGUGACCGUGUCGGAGCUCAUGGAGCUCUUCCUGCAGAGCCCGCUGGUGACCUGGGUGAAAACUUUUGGCCCGUUCGAAAGCGGCAGCCAGGACAACCUGACCAUGUACAUGGAUUUAGUGGACGGCAUCUUUUUGAACCAAAUCAUGUUGCAGAUAGAUCCCAGGCCGACAAACCAGCGCAUCAACAAACACGUCAACAAUGAUGUGAACCUUCGCAUUCAGAACCUGAGCAUCUUGGUGAGGAGCAUUAAGACCUAUUACCAGGAGAUCCUGGAUAGUGCAAUUACCAUUAAUUUACCCUCCUUUUUGUUUUUAGGAAAAGUGCCCAUUUCUGGCAGAAGCAUGGAGGAGAUCAAGAAGGUGCUGUUGCUGGUGCUGGGCUGUGCUGUCCAGUGUGAGAGGAAAGAGGAGUUUAUUGAAAGGAUCAAACAACUGGACAUUGAGACCCAGGCUGGAAUUGUGGCCCACAUUCAGGAGGUGACCCAGAACCAGGAGAACGUCUUUGACCUGCAGUGGCUGGAGCUCCCCGACGUGGCCCCCGAGGAGCUGGAGGCCCUGUCCCGGAACAUGGUGUUCCACCUGCGGAGGCUGAUUGACGAGCGGGACGAGUGCUCCGAGCUGAUCGUGGACCUCACUCAGGAGCGGGACUACCUCCAGGCGCAGCAGCCCCCCAGCCCCCUCAAGUCCUCCAGUGCCGACUCCACCCCCAGCCCCACCAGCAGCCUCUCCAGCGAAGACAAGCAGCACCUGGUGGUAGAGCUUGCUGAUGCCAAGGCCAGGCUGCGGCGUGUCCGGCAGGAGCUGGAGGAGAAGACGGAGCAGCUUGUGGACGCCAGACACGAGGUAGACCAGCUGGCACUGGAGCUGCAGAAAGUCAAGCAGGAGAAUGUCCAGCUCGCAGCUGACGCCCGGUCUGCGCGUGCCUACCGAGACGAGCUGGACUCCCUGAGGGAGAAGGCGAACCGCGUGGAGCGGCUGGAGAUGGAGUUGGUGCGUUGCCGGGAGAGGCUGCACGACGUGGACUUCUACAAGGCGCGCAUGGAGGAGCUGAGAGAAGAUAAUAUCAUCUUAAUUGAGACCAAAGCCAUGCUGGAGGAGCAGCUGACGGCGGCCCGGGCCCGCGGCGAUAAGGUCCACGAGCUGGAGAAGGAGAACCUGCAGCUAAAGUCUAAGCUGCAUGACCUGGAACUGGACAGGGACACGGACAAGAAGCGGAUUGAGGAGCUGCUGGAGGAGAACAUGGUCCUGGAGAUCGCCCAGAAGCAGAGCAUGAACGAGUCCGCACACCUCGGCUGGGAGCUGGAGCAGUUGUCCAAGAACGCGGACCUGUCCAAUGCCUCCAGGAAGUCGUUUGUGUUUGAGCUGAACGAGUGUGCCUCCAGCCGCGUCCUGAAGCUGGAGAAGGAGAACCAGAGCCUCCAGAGCACCAUCCAGAGGCUGCGGGACGCGUCCCUGGCCCUGGAGGAGAGCCGCCUCAGGUGCGGGGAGCUGGAGACGGAGAACCAGCAGCUGGGCAAGAAGAUUGAAAAGUUACAGACGCAGCUGGACAGAGAGAAGCAGAGCAGCCAGGAUCUGGAGACCCUGAGUGAGGAGCUGAUCAAGGAGAAGGAGCAGCUGCAGGGCGACAUGGAGGCCCUGAAGGCGGACAGAGCCAGGCAGGCCUCUGGGACCCAGUUGGGACAGCUCCUGGGUCCGUGGAAGUCACUGGAGAAGGAGGCCAAGCGGCUGUGGCAGCAGGUGGAGCUGAAGGACGCUGUCCUGGACGACAGCACCGCCAGGCUGUCCGCGGCCGAGAGGGAGAGCCGCGCCCUGGACAGGGAGCUGGCCCGCUGCCGGGACGCAGCCGGCAAGCUGAAGGAGCUGGAGAAGGACAACAGGGACCUCACCAAGCAGGUCACCAUGCACACAAGGACACUGACAACCCUGAGAGAGGACCUGGUGCUGGAGAAGCUGAAGGGCCAGCAGCUGACUAGUGAGCUGCACAAGCUGAACCAGGGACUGGAGAAGGCCGGGCUCAGCAAGGAGCUGCUGCUUCAGGAGGACGGCGCCAGCCGUGACGCAAAGUGCAAGAUUUGGGAGGGCAGAAGUGAAUCGGCAUUGAAAACAACACUGGCCAUGAAAGAAGAAAAGAUCGUGUUCUUAGAGGCCCAGGUGGAAGAGAAAGUGAGCCUCAAUCGGCAGUUAGAGAAUGAGCUGCAGACGGUAAAGAAGGAGUGUGAGCUGCUCAGGCAGAACCAGGAUGAGGACGAGCACACACAGAACGUUUUCAAGCCCCCUGUGGGGAAGCCAGCCACCAGUCACCAGGGCAAGGAGGCCUGGGGGCCUGGCCACAAGGAAGCCACGAUGGAGCUGCUGCGAGUGAAGGACCGGGCCAUCGAGCUGGAGCGGAACAAUGCAGCACUGCAGGCGGAGAAGCAGCUGCUCAAGGAACAGCUGCAGCACCUGGAGUCCCAGAACGUGGCGUUCAGCAGUCAGAUCCUGACGCUGCAGAAGCAGAGCGCCUUCCUGCAGGAGCACAACACCACGCUGCAGACCCAGACGGCCAAGCUCCAGGUGGAGAAUUCCACACUGAGCUCCCAGAGUGCCUCGCUCACUGCGCAGUACACGCUGCUGCAGAACCAGCAGACGGCCAAGGAGGCGGAGAACGAGAGCCUGCAGAAGCAGCAGGAGCAGCUGGCGGCGGCCUAUGAGGCCCUGCUGCAGGACCACGAGCGCCUGGGCGCCCUCCACGAGCACCAGUCGGCCGAGUACGAGGCCCUCCUUAGACAAGGAUAUCAUGCUUGCAUUUUGCUUCUAACUAGAAGGUUAGUUAGCCACUCCAUGGGAGAAAGGCACAGCACCAUGCUGAAGCACAAGGCGGAGCUGGACGAGCUGGAAGCGGCGCUGAGGGCCGAGAGGGAGGCGCUGCGGCAGGAGCAGAGGGCCAGCGCUGUCGCCACGGGCGAGAACCAGAGGCUGCGGGCCGAGCUGGACAGGGUCAGCUUCCUGCACCACCAGCUGAAGGGGGAGUACGAGGAGCUGCACACCCACACCAAGGAGCUGAAGACCUCACUGAACAACUCGCAGCUGGAGCUGAACCGCUGGCAGGCCCGCUUCGACGAGCUCAAGGAGCAGCACCAGAGCAUGGACAUCUCCCUGACCAAGCUGGACAACCACUGCGAGCUGCUCUCUCGUCUCAAGGGGAACUUAGAGGAGGAAAACCACCACCUCUUGAGCCAGAUCCAGCUGUUGAGCCAGCAGAACCAGAUGCUUCUGGAGCAGAACAUGGAGAAUAAGGAGCAGUACCACGAGGAGCAGAAGCAGUACAUAGACAAAUUAAAUGCCUUACGGAGACAUAAGGAAAAGCUGGAAGAGAAAAUCAUGGAUCAGUACAAGUUCUACGAUCCUGCUCCAAAGAAGAAAAACCACUGGAUCGGAGCUAAAGCCUUAGUGAAACUCAUCAAGCCAAAGAAAGAGGGUUCUAGAGAACGGUUAAAAUCGGCUGCAGACAGUCCUCCCUGGCAGCUGGAGUCUGGAGAGCCGACCUCGCCGCCUGCUGCUCAGCCUCUCAGAUCGCAGCCAGAGAACCCGGAGGCCGCCCACCCGGGGCCAAACUCUGCAGAAGAGCGAGAUGCCCACAAUGGGCCUGUGGGAAAAGGCUCCGGGGAUCCAAAACCAAAGCGAGGGUCCCCGCACGGAGGCAGCCUGGACCGCACGGACACCUCCGCCGACCCAGCUGUGAUGUCCUGGCCUGCAGAGCUGGGCACCCGGACCUGUGCGGCCUCAGCCAUCACAACCCCUUCCACCUCCACCCCCGUCUCUCGGCACCCAGGCCACACCAGGGGCUGUAACUCAGACGACAACCUUUGUGAACCAUCUCUGGAGCUCGACCUCACCAACCACAGGCAGCAUGUGUCCCGGCCAAGUAGCUUAGAGAGCAGCCGAAAUGCGUCCAGCAGCAGCUCGCCUCUUAACCUAAAGGGUUCCUCCGACCAGCUCCCCGGCAGGUCCGAGAGCUUCAGCAGCGAAGACCUCAUCCCUAGCAGAGACACAGCCCCCCUGCCCUCUGAGCCCAGUGGCCUGGGGCGCCACACCGUUGGCCGCCAUGAGUACCCCCCACCCCGGAACGGACCGGUCCCCCAGGAGGGUGUCCAGAGGAGGGGUGCAGCCCAGCCCCACGCUGCAGGGAGGCCCUGCUCUGCCUCCCCGAGCAGCGAGAUGGUCACCCUGGAGGAGUUCCUAGAGGAGAGCAGCCGCAGCCCUCCCCCCCACGACCCUCCCAGUUGCCGGGAUGACCUGUUAAGUGACUACUUCAGGAAGGCCAAUGACCCUCCAGCCGUCACAGGGCAGCCAGGACCUCUGCCUAGAAAAAACGGGGCCAAGAUGCCCACCAGUCUUGUGGCCCCAACCAUCAAGAUGGCCACCAGCACCUCUGAGGGAAGGCUGCUGAAGCCUGGGCAGUAUGUAAGGCCGAACUUCAGAGCAGCUGAGGCUGAGGCCCUACCCAGUGUCUCCCCGAGGCAGGCCCAGCCCCCCCAGAGCCUGUCUUUGGGCAGACCCCGGCAGGCCACGGUGCCCCUGACCACCCACACACCUGCUCACACUCCCGCCAGCAGGGGUACCUCUCUGAACCGUGCCUUCAGCCUGGCCUCGGCUGACCUUCUGCGGGCCAGUGGGCCAGAGCCCUGUAAGCAGGAGUCCCCUCAGAAACCAGGGGGUCUCGAGGCCUCAGAGAGUAGAGACGCAGGCAGCCAGCCCCUGCCAAGCCCUACAGCCCCUGGCACCCAUGGGCUGGCCCGGGAGCGCACCUUGCUUGUGGGAAAGGCUGGCAGUUCCUGUCAGGGCACGGGCCCCCGUAGCCGGCCGCUGGACAUGAGGCGCUUCUCGCUGGCCCCUGCGAAGGAGGAGCGACUGGCCCCACUGCAACAUUCAGCUACAGCCUCAGCCAUUGCUGCUGGGGGUGGCAGCAGCAGCACUCAGCUCCCGCACGUCUCACCUGUGGCAGCCUCGGCUGCCAGGACUAAGCCCAAGACCCCUCCACACUUGGGGGAGGUGGCUACCAUAGCCCCUGUCCGGGGGGGACUCAGCCUCUCAGAAGGGGAUGGGCUCGCACCACAGGGCUACAGUGAAGGGCCGCCCGCAAAGAGUCCAGGGCGGUCUCCCGACUCAGCUCCCCACGCUGGCCGGAGCCCAGAGGACUGCAGCCGGGGAGGCAGCAGUGGGAGCACACCGGCAUCCCCGGAGCCAGGCGGGGACCAGCAGACGGUGUGGUACGAGUAUGGCUGCGUGUGA